AUGCUGAAACGAUUGAUGAUUCGUGUGCUCAAUGCAAAUGUUAGUCUUGAAACACCGCUUCAAUUGUAUCUCGAGCGUACGGAUCUUUGGAGCGACCGAGUUAGUGAUGUUGAUCUGGAAACAUUUCAAGUCGAUGAUGAUAUUUUACUUCAACAUACAUAUGUUAUCCUUGGAGGUUUAGAAAAGAAACAAAAAUCAAAUGGUAAGAUGUCACAACAACAACAAAGACCAUCGGAAAUCCAAACUGUUGAAGCACAAAGACAGAAAGCUCAAACAUGGUUCGAAACAACAGCUAAAUCAUCAACAACUCCGAAAGUUCUCGCUGAUAAAAAGAAAGACAAAACCAAACUACGCGUUUAA